AUGAAGACCUUCUCUUUGGGUCCCAUUGGUCUCCUGACUGUCUUCCUCAGUGUCUAGCUUGGUGUUGCUGAUAGUGGGAGCGAUGUCCCUAUGCUCUGCUGCCCCUAUUUCAGCCACUACAUGAUCCCGUGGCACUGGCUAUACAGCUACAAGUUCACCAAAAGUAGCUGCACCAAUGAGGGCAUGAUAUUCGCUACAAAAACAGGUAAGCAAUUCUGUGUCCAGCCAGAGGCCAAGUGGGUGCAGAGACACAUCUCUUUGUUGAACACCAGGAAGCAUUCAUGA